CUCAUAAUUGCAGUUCAUUUCCUCCCAAAUCCACAAUUUUAACCUCACUUGCAGGAAUCAUGGAGAAGAGGCCUUCCCGGUUUUACACCUUCCUGCCCAUCUUCAUCUGCAGUCUGGCCAUUCCCCUGUCCAUGUUCAUGUGGCUCGGGCACCUGGCUUUCAUCAAGUUCACCACACAUCCUGAAUAUGACGACACUCUGGAGAUUCCUCCGACUCGGUGGCUCGCUUCCGUCCUGAUACCCAUCUUCUUCGCCGUGUAUGGCUACCGCCGGAAGAGCGUGAACGCCUCCGGCGCCGUGCUAGGCUUUGUUAUCGCCGUUGUUCUCACGGUGGCCAAUUACGCCUUCUUGGGCUGUCUGCUUGUCUUCUUCCUGUCCUCGUCGCGCGCCACGAAGUUCCGUGCCGCGCAGAAGGCCAAGAUAGAGGAGGACUUCAAGGGCGGCGAGGGCAAGAGGAACUGGAUCCAGGUGCUCUGCAACGGCGGCAUGGCGCUUCAACUCUCGCUGCUGUACCUGAUUGACUGCGGCCCCGGCGAGCGGCCAAUUGACUUUUCGCGACUCUACCGCUCCAGCUGGCUGGGCAUCGCCCUCCUGAGCGCCUUCGCCUGCUGCAACGGCGACACGUGGGCCAGCGAGCUAGGCAGCGUGCUGGCCAAGGCAGAUCCCUUCCUCAUCACCACGCGAAAGCGCGUUCCGCGUGGCACCAACGGCGGCGUGACGCUCGUGGGGCUCGUGGUGAGCUUCCUGGGCGGCCUGGUGAUCGGCCUGAUGUACUUCCUCACCGUCAUCUACACCGUCGACCGAGCGAUCCUCCUUCGGGGUCCUGUGCAGUGGCCGUUGAUCGCAUUUGGCGGCAUCGCGGGCCUUCUGGGCUCCGUCAUUGACUCUCUGAUCGGCGCCACGAUGCAGUACUCGGGCCAGGACGAGCAAGGACACAUCGUAGAACGCCCAGGCAAGGGAGUGCGCCACAUCAGCGGCAUCCGCAUCCUGGACAAUCACAGCGUGAAUCUCAUCUCUAGCAUCGCCACGGGAGUCAUCAUGCCCAGCCUUGCCGUCCACUUCUGGCCGUGAGGACGCCAGAGAUUGUCUUCGCGCUAGCAAUCACUAAUUUAAUGUUGUAAUGAAUUUACACCUCAGAAUAUCUGGUCACAGAUAAAUGCGAUAUAUGUAAUAAAAG